UAGAACCGCGCUCAACUCGAUAUGUGUAUAGUAUAUAUAUCACUUGGAUAUUUACAAUAGUAUCGUACCGCUGUUUUACAUUGGGUCACAAUCAAUAUAUAAUGACAAAAAUACGUUUGUGAUCUUAUGAGUAUUGCAUCAUUGAAAAAUUUUUUAAAAUGACUGAUUCAAAUAACUUAGAAAGUGAUAAUGAUCCAGUUGAGUUUGAAUUUCCAGUAUUAUUGUCAACAUCGCUGGCCGAUAAAUUAUACAUAUUUCAAUACCCCAUACGGCCUGCUAGUAAAGGUUAUGACAACACCACGUUUUUAAAAACUUCAAUAAAACCAGAAAAUCAAGAAUUUCGCAUUGAAGUUGGACUAGAUUGUAAUAGUGCUAAUUAUGAUCAAAGAAAAGGUGAAAAAAUUGCGAUGGAUGCUGAUGGACCAUUCGAUAGAUGUGAGAACGAUAAAGACAGAUAUUUUCAGGGUGAAUUUAUGGAUAAGACAGUACUACAAUCAUCAAGAGCAGUUCCAGAUUGUUCUAAUUAUGCUGUAGGUACUUUUCAAGGAAACGAAUUGCAUAUUACACCUUUAAAGAGUAUCGUCCAAUUAAGACCGCAAUUUAAUUAUCUUGAACAAAAUGAAAAAAAUAAAGAUGAUGAAUCAAAGAAGAACGGAAAUGAGUCUGAUGAAGAGGAAACUAAGGCAAUUAGUGUUACAUUCUCUCGGAAUAGAACUGACGCAAGUAAAAAAUUACAAGAACAAUCAUUUGAAAACCAUUCGAAAAAAAGCUUGGAAGAGCUAUGGAUUGAUACUCAAUACAUGAAUGCAGAAUCUACUCAAGCCCAGCUGACCCGAUUGGAAAUGUUUUGUUCAAUUAAUGAAAUAUCCAAAAAUAGCUUAGGACUUUCUUGUAAAGAUUACCUUCAUAUGUUGGCUCAAUCUACAAAUUCUGAUGAACAUUUGAAUAUUAAUGGGUCCGCCAAUGAAAGAUCUUCUCAUUAUAUGUCCAGCCGAUCACUUUUAGAUCAAAUUCGUAAAAUUCUCAAAGAUGCAAAGGUAAUUUCGUUCAAACAAUUAAGAUCAAUGAUAGAUUCAAAACACGAAAAUACGGAUGUUUUAAAAUAUUUACAACAAGUAGCAGUUCUUGUACAAGGUAACUGGGUUGUUCAAAGUGAUCUGGUUUUUCCGAAAGAUAAAACAUCAUCUCAAAAUGGAAUCAAUGCUGAUCUGAUGUGUCGAGCAAGAGAUUACAUUCUGUUAACUUUUACUGAAAAUGAAUUUGUCACAAGAGAAGCAAUAUCCAAGGUGAUCAAGUUACCUGCUGAAGAAAUUGAGGAAAUAUUGACGAAUUUAGGAACCGCUGUACCAGAAAAGGGAUGGAAAUUAUUAAUACCGCCAAACACUGAAUUUACAAGUAAACAUUCGGAUAUUGCACAUCGGCAAGCUUCGUAUUGGGAAACAAAGCGUAAACAAUUGAAAGAAGCGCUGGGGGCAUCAAAUCAUCCACCUCAACGUCAGAGACAAAGAUCAACUCGUGAAUCUAUAGGUUCAGAAAAUGAAGAAAGAAAUGUUGGACGUGGAAAAAAAACCGUAAGAGAUUCCUCAAUAUCUGAUGACGGUGCUGCAGAGCUUGUUAAAACUAAAAAAAAUGUAAAAUCUCGAAAAGUAUCGGAAACAACAUGACCAAAAAUUCAAAACAAUUAAUUUAAUAGGCCUGAUUAAAUAAAGUAAUUCAUAUUGUAUAGAUAAGUUGUACAGAGAUAUUGAUCCGUGUAAUAUUCCACUGCCAUUCAUCAUCAUAAAACAAUAAAUCAAUACUGAUAUGGUAACACACAUUAAGUUAAUAAUGAGAUGGAAUAUAGAAUAAAUGCUUAUUACUUUAUAAUUUAUUUAACAUAUGAAAUAACAAUAAUAAGAAUAGAAUAAAUGUCUUUUAUACUAUAUUUUGAAAGACUGCCGAUAUUUCAAAAAGCAUUGAAUAAUAAUUACGAUGCACACAUCUUUUUUGAUAAAAUAAACAUCAUACUACUAAA